AGACCUCAUCAUCCUCAACAACAUGGCGCCAGCAUACAGCUGGAUCGCACAUACACGCCAGGGCAUUUUUUCACCAAGUUAGCCAACUAACUAAACGCGGCGUCGCGAAGAUUUCUUCUAGUCUUUCUUUAUACUGUUAAUGUAGCCUAGUUCGUUUCUAUCUUUUGAAAGCGAAAAUCGUCAGUUUUUGGUCAUCGUUGGUCACCAAACUCACCUGCUUACCAGAAAGAACAGACCGUUCUGAGUCUGAACUGGACUCACGUACUGUUGCUGUAUUUCAAAAAGUGAAAAGAAAGAGAAGACUGAGAUUACGCAGACGCGGAAAGUAUUUUUUCCCAGAGAAAUAAGCCAUGUAACUGCUCGAAAGUUACAUUUCAGAGGAGAUGCUUCUAAACAUGAGUGAAAAUAACUGUCCACUAGAAGAAAGGGAUAGAGACAGACUUCCUCCAAUACUAAGUCAUGGCCUGUAUCGUGGUCCGAAGCUCCCUUUCCCCUCUUACGGAAGCUUCAUCUCCACCCUGAAUCACAAGAGAGAAUCUGGAAGCCACAGUUUCUCCUCACCACUCCUGUUACCGGCAGUUAAAGUGAGAGUGCUUCCCCCAAUAUGUCCAGAUGUGAGACAGAAGCAUCGUAUCUCUAUUGAUGUUCUCCCUCCAGAAGUGAAAGCUCGUUUCGUCUCAGAACCCAUUAUUCCCAUUCGGACCAAAACUGCCAAAGAGUUUCAGGACGAUGUUGAAAGGGCAACUAUCUCAGGGGAUUGGAAGCAAGUCCAUGAAUUCUACUUGACCACAUUUGACUCCUUUUUGGAACUCAAUGCUGCCUUUAAGAAAGAAGCAAAUGCUCCCUUCAAUACGAUUGAAGACUCAGGAAUAAACAUCAAAUUUGUCAACAUUGUUUAUGAUGCCUUGCUCCACAUGCCCCCGGACACACAGAAAUCUGUCCUAAAGGGAAUCAUUAAUAGCUUAUUAAGAGAAUGGAAAGGGCCUCGCACAAAGGAUGACCUUCGAGCAUAUUUUGUUCUUGUGCAGAACCCUCAGUAUACCAGCCCAGCCACAUAUGUCAUCUAUGCACACUUACUGAGGCAAAUAGCAGCCCUGGCUGAAGCGGACCACUAUUUCCUGAUGUACUGGUUUAAAAAGCUGCCUCAGAAGCGUUUCAAACAGCUGGUGGAGCGCUUGCAGCUCUUCAUCACAACCCGCCUAUUUCCUGCUAAGCCAGAAGAGUUGCCGCCCAUGGCCAAAUGCUCCUGGUGGAUUCCCUCAGCCACCAAAGUCCUCUCGCUGCUCAAUGCGGCAAACAGCAUUUCUUCUUCCCCUAUCGUACCUUUCUCUGAUUUCUACAACCUAACGUUGGACCAUAUUGAUUUUAUGGAGGAUUACCAGACAUGGCAAGCUCAUGGAAAUUCAAACAGGUUCAGCUUCUGUCAGUUCCCCUUCAUCCUGUCUACGGUGGUGAAGAAGGCCAUCAUCCAGAGAGACUCUGAGCAGCAGAUGAUCAGCAUGGCCAGGCAAACACUGGUGGACAAGGUCUCUCGAAGGCAAAGGGUGGAUAUGAGUCUGCUGUUUCUCAACAUUAAAGUUAGGCGUCUGCAGCUGGUCAGUGACUCACUGGAUGAGCUUUCGAGAAAGCGAGCAGACCUGAAGAAAAAACUGAAAGUGACGUUUGUUGGAGAAGCUGGAUUGGACAUGGGUGGACUAACAAAAGAGUGGUUUCUUCUCCUGAUUCGGCAGAUUUUUCACACUGAUUAUGGCAUGUUCACAUAUGUAAAGGAGUCCCAGUGUCAUUGGUUCAGCAGCUUGAAAUGUGACAACUACUCUGAGUUUCGAUUGGUUGGAGCCCUCAUGGGCUUGGCUGUGUACAACAGCAUCACACUGGACAUUCGCUUUCCCCCCUGCGUCUACAAGAAGCUGCUGACCCCGCCCAUUGUGCCGUGUGACUUUGACACUCCCGUCGGCAUGGCGACCCUCACCCUGGACGACCUCCAGCAGAUAAUGCCUGACCUUGCUCAUGGACUUGGGGAGCUCCUCAGUUAUGAAGAAAAUGUUGAAGAGGACUUCUAUACCACCUUUCAGGUUUUUCAGGAAGAACUUGGAGUGGUCAAGUCAUAUAACCUGAAACCAGGAGGGGACAAGAUUCCUGUUACCAACCUAAACAGAAAAGAAUACGUUCAGCUCUACAUUGAUUUCCUGCUGAAUAAGUCCAUCUACAGGCAGUUUGCUGCUUUUUAUCAUGGUUUUCACAGUGUAUGUGCCUCCAAUGCCCUGAUGCUCUUGAGGCCAGAGGAGGUUGAGAUCCUGGUUUGUGGAAGUCCUAAUCUAGACAUGAGCUCUCUGCAGCGAGUGGUACAGUAUGAGGGCUACAGCAAGACUGACCCCACCAUCCGGGCCUUCUGGGACGUGGUCCUGGCCUUUCCUUUGGAAUUACAGAAGAAACUUCUCCACUUUACAACAGGAAGUGACCGUGUUCCUGUGGGAGGAAUGGCUGACCUUGACUUCAAGAUCUCCAAGAUUGAUGUAUCCACUGACUGGCUGCCAGUGUCUCACACAUGCUUCAACCAGAUCUGUCUACCUCCAUACAAGAGCAAGAAAGAACUAAGGCAAAAGUUAACAAUUGCCAUUUCAAAUGCAGAAGGCUUUGGAUUGGAGUAGAUUAUAGUUGUCUCAAUAUCAGGCUGAUCUCAUGAAAAUUAUAUUAAGUGGCUCCUUAUGUGUAUUGCAGCAGUUCUGACAUGAAAUGUCCACUGAGUGGCGCUAAAAGUGAGUUACAUUUUACCCAAACAGAUAAGGUUUUGAAGGUUUAUGCUCUAUCAAGUUUUAAAUCAACAAAACCUAAACCUUAAACCUAAACCUAGCUGAUAGUGUCAUAAAAAGCAAACGUGACAUGAAAGAUGAAAUGCUGAAACAACCAUGUAAUUUUGUGGCGCUUCUAUGACACUUUUGACUCACGUGUUGACUCGCAUGCUCUUCAGGACUCGUUCUCUGGUACUUUACAUCGCAGAACAAACAUGUAAAUGUAGUUGUUCAUGUAAUGCAAACAUUAAAAUGUAUCGCCUAUCAAGUCAUGCACUAUAAUAAAAUGUGUUGAUGUCAUAAGAUAGCAUUGUGUGAGGAACAGGGUGAAAGUAGCUGUUUUUGAACAGAUAAUCUGUCAUUUUACUCAUUGUUUUAGUGCUUUUAGUGUUCAUUUCACUAGGAAACUGCCGUGAUACAUACAAUAAGCCACAGUAAAAUAAUUUAGCAAAACUGUAGCAAGAAAGACCAAGUUGCUCUAUAGAUAUUAGGGUUGCGCACAAUUAAGAAAUGAAUUUGCACUGAGGUUGCAAACAGAAUGGAGAAUUUUAAUUUGAACUUGAAGUAGAAUUAAAAUGGAAUUUCAUUGAAAGAAGUUCACGUAACUGCCAUAAGUGUAAUUUUUUUUUUAAUAAUAAAUGUAAUUUUUUAUGUAUCAAUUUUUUAAAAUUAUUUAUGAAAAUUAACUUGGAAGAACACUUAAUUUCCCAGAAUGCCAUUAUUGCCUGCGUUGAAUUUCUUUGAAUUGCAAUUCAGUAUCCCAAAUCAACAUCCUUUGGUCAGUUCAGUUCAAAUUCUCAUGAACUGAUAUAACCCAAGUUCUCAGUAUGCGUUUGGUGAAAGACAUUUUAAAAUGUGUUAACCAUAUCAGGUAAGCAUGAGGAUUAUGCACAGCAAUAAAAAUGUAAGCUCUAGAUGUAAAAUUUCAGAAGUAGCCAAUCUAAUUGUAUUGUAUUGUGGAUUGUGUGAACUGUGUUGUAAUUUUUUGGUGAACCAGGAUUCUAUGAGGAAUCCAGUUAAGCUGUUUGUCAGUAAUUUGGACUCAUCAGAGUUGACUGCUUUGUCUGAGUGAUGGACCAAACAUUUUAUGUUGUAUUAGAAUAUUUGGACUAUAUGAAUAAUACAGAAUGGUGAUCAUGGAGUUUAUUUUAACUGCAUAUUGCUGACAUAUGAAUUUAAAACUAAUAUGUUAAGGAUUUUCUCUUUAACAUGAGCCUGGUUUUAUGUCCCAUGCUCCCCUAUUUAAAUGGUGGUGUAAGUAGGUCAGUAAGGGGCUUGGUCUCAGCUAAAAUAGCUGGGCAAACAGUCUGUCAAACCAGCCCUGCAUUCUUAAAGAGACAGCACUCUGUCUCCCGGGUUACAAGAGUCCACAGUUAAUAAAAGCUUCUGUGUGAAACGUUACCGAACUCAAAGCAUGUAUUCCGUUUCAAAUGUUGCAGUUUGGUAAUCAUUGACAAUCCUUUCUUAACCUCUCUUGGGCAUGAAGGGAAUAUUGCUAAAGUGACUGUUGUGAAUUAUUUGUGUGUCAGUGAAUGUUGUCAUGUUUGACAGACUUGUAGGCAGCAGUAUUAGACAAAACAAACAAUUAAAGAUUUAUUUAUUUUAUGACUCAUGCUCUGCCUUGUGAAAGUAGUAUGAACUAAUCUUUGAGGUUCCUUGGUCAUUCUCGCCUUCUAGCUUGGCUCCUGUUGAUGCUAAUAGGUGUCAUGUUUUCACAUAUUUCUGCCUUAUCAUUGGUCACUGCCAGGAGUGUUGGAUUAUGUUAUAUGAUUUGUAUUGGACUCAUGCAGUGGCUUAAAUUGUAUUUAUCUCAUCUAUGAACCUGAAUCACUCCAGUGUUCAUGCUAUGGUUUUAUGUUCUUUAAUGACUGAAUACAAAUGUAUUUACCAUGUAUUUAUUUCAACUUUGCUCAUUUGUUAAUGAAUAAAGUUAUACAGUAAAGUGUU